GAUCGCAGCUUGGGCAUAAGUAACGGGCCGCGUAGUGCGCAUGUUACUAACAUCGCCGCCAUCUUGUGCAACUGCUUUCACUUGGCGACUGUGCUCGAUGUUAGGCGCAACUUGCUUUUCCAAGUUAUCUGCGAAUACUUGGUGACUCAGUUAACCUGUGCUUGCUUUGACAAAGCAACAUUGGAAAACGUGACUAUAGUGCAGUUAGUGAUUUCAAAGUAAAGAGAGUAAUUCUCACCCACAGUGUUUUCAAUGAUUCAUCUUUAUAUACUCACAUGCAGGAUCAAUAAGAGUACGCUGUGCAUAAGAACAUGGCACGAGUUAAGCUAUAUGAAAGAGCUGUAAACGCUGUUCAUAUCAUGACCCAUACAGGUGAAUCCAAUACAGAAACCCAGGGUGGAAUGAAGAUUAAAGAAGAAUUCAUCGAUGAAACAAUAAGUACUAAUACAAUGGAUAAUCAUAAGUUUCUAAGAAGUCGUUCUAAAAUAUGUGAUGGCGAUAAGUCAUCAUUAACCGAAAAUAAUGAUGUAUUGUAUAAACACGUGAAUCGUAAAAGGACAGAAAGUAUGUCUGAUAAUCAUUCUGAGGAUUCAAGUGGAGCUGAGCUACUUAAGAUUGUUAAUCUAAAAAGUAGAAGUACGAAAAGUGGCAAAGAACGUGUAUGUGAUACUUCGUCGAUACCUAGGAAGAAACGAAAAUAUUGCGAUAAAGUCUCUGCAAAUAAUCAUACUAAUGCGUCUAAAACAAUGAACAAAAAUUUUAAUGGGAGAAAAAAAAGGCGACGCCUCACAAAAUCUCAUAUCUUCCUCAAGAAUAGGAGAAAAAGGAAUGCCGAUAAUGAAUGUAACGUGUGCUUUAUAACAUUCAAAAACUCUCGGAAUCGUAGACUGCAUUAUCAAUACUAUACGAAAAUUGGAAUUUUUAAAUGUACAUAUUGUAAUGAGUGUUUUAGUUAUCAGGGAACACUACGUUCGCAUAUUUUGAUGUAUCAUUGUAACCAGCCAACUAUUCGUUCUAAUUUGUCUCUGUACUGUAAUUUUUGUAAUCGCCCUUUUAAGGUUAAAUCUUAUUUACAAUCUCAUUUGUUUCACACUCAUAACGAGUUAAUAUAUUCAAAUACUGUAAAUGAAACUAAAAAAUCCAAAAUCAGCUCUAAAGGUGUAUCUCGUAAAAAUGAUACUUUGAGGAAUGACAUAUAUGAAGAGUCAUGUUCAAGUAAUCCUGGUGAAUCAAAGGAAUUAAGUAUUCUUAAUAAGGAUUAUAAACAGUCUCCAGAUGAUAACACAACAAUGAGUAAUAAAUUAAUGGAAGAGCACUACAAUGAAGAUAUGCCACUUUUAAAAAAAUUACGACAACCAACAUUGAAUGAAUAUCUUCAACUUUACAAAAGGAAACGCACUACUCAAUUGGAUACCAUGAAAGAUGGUUCGUCUAUAUAUGCUUCAAGUGAUGAUGAAAGAAUAAUAGAAAGUAAGAAGCCCAAGCUUUCAGAACAUAAUAGACAGUCCGACAUACCGACUGGAAACUGUAGUAACGAUGUAAAACAAAUAAUACAGGUUUCCACUUUGAAACAAAGUGAAAAGCAUAAAGAAUGUUCCUCCAAAGAACCUUUUGUAAAAUUACAUGCGGAUGUUGAAACGAUGAAGUGUUUUUUAGAAAGCCUUCCGGUUGAAAACGUUAAAAGUGACGUAACCCAAGAUCAGACGAAUAAUACAGUGUCAUCUGAUCACGAUAUUCGUUAUAGAUUAAGACCUGUGAGGGCUAUCCGUUUCUUGGGACAUUUCACUAGAAAGUAUGUAUUUAAGAAGUUUCCACAUAACAGUACUGCAAUGGAACACUGUGAAGCUGAUUUGGACAUAACAAACUCGGAACCUUCAAAAACCACUACAGUUCCUCCUAAGUUCAGGGAUGUUACAAUCACUUUAGAGAGAUGUGAUAAAAAGCGAAAAAAUUACCAUUCCGUUUCUACAACACAGAUCACUUCUGAGCAAGAAUCGGUUUCUUCAGUCACUGAACCAAAUGUUGCGCAAUCUAAAAAGAGUGAUAUAAGAAAUGACGUUAUGCUUAAAAAGCUAGAAGUUUCUUUGGAACGCUUAGAAACUGAACAAACUGAAAAUAAUCUAGAAUUGGAAGUGGACGCCGAAAAACAGGAUGGUAACAAUAUUACAUGUGGAAUGUGUAAGAAGAGUUUCCCAACAAAACAAGCCAAACGCAUACACGUAAAGUCGUCUCAUGUAGCAUAUAUGUCAAGCAUAUGCAACGCACGAUAUUCGACAAAACAUAAAUUACUUCUACAUUAUUUGCGCGAACAUACCUUCAGACCUAAUCAAUGUUGUAUUUGUAAUGAAAUAUGCGACCCUACACAGCUAAAGCAGCACUUAACUUAUCACUGUCUAAAAUAUUUCCAAAACGAGAAUGACCAAUAUCAAAUAAAUGUUGACAUAAGAUGUUCAACUAAGUCAUCUAACCCCUGUUUUAAGUGUGGUAAAGAAUUUCCAACACAUAUAUUAUGGUCAGUGCAUGAUCGUUAUUGUCGAAUACGUGGAGAAGUGGAAGAAGUUCAGCAGGAUCUUAGCGAAACAAACAUGUCUUCAGAAGUCAUUCCUAAAGCUAAUUACAAUGAGGACGUCGAUGAAAGCACAAUGAUAUUCGAUGAAAGCACAAUGAUAUUCGAUGAAAAGAAAUAUGAUGCUUCAUGUGAGCUCCCAAAUAACAAGUCCGUAGAGGAAUCAAACAAGAUUCGAACACCAGCUGAUGAAGGGCUAAUAAAUAACGAAGAGCCGGAAAUCAUCGAAGAACCGACUAUUAUCGAAGAGGAUACAGAAAUUAAUGGAAGUAAUCAAAACCCUCUUAAUAGGAAAACGAUUUUUAUCGUGGAAAAUAUUGUAAAUGUCGACGAAUCACAACCUGUCGAGUUUCCGAAGACUAAUAAUUCUACAGCCAAUGACCAGAAUACUGCAAACACACAAUUAAAUGUCGUUGGACCGAAUGGUAAAACCUAUCCAUGUGAUAUAUGUGGAAAGCGAUUUCAGAGCAAGAAGAACUUAGAACAACACAUACGCAGUUUCAGUCGUGUCACUGAUUUCUGUCCACUAUGUAAUACUGCGUUUAGCUCGAAACGCUUUUUACAAACGCACAUCGCUGCUGCGCAUGUACCAGAACUAUCAAAAAAUUACGAUUUUCACUGCGUAUUUUGUAAUCAAGGUUUCAUUAAGAAAUACGACCUUCGACCACACGUGUUGCAUCUGCACGGCCGACAAAUGCUCGAGACAAUUAUGCCGAAUUUUCGUAGUAAUCAAGGGAAAGAUGAUGAGUUGGAUAACGGAAAUGCGACGUGCAAUGUGUGUAACUUGGCAUUUGAGACUCUCGAUCGUUAUGUGGAACAUAGGAUGUACUAUUACAAGAAUCACAAAUUUAAAUGUUCGAUUUGUUUCCAAGAGUUCCAAGGCAUGUACAUGUAUCAUCAUCAUAACAAGCUUACUCACUAUCCAGAGGACAAACGUAAAUCCUACAGUUAUACCUGCAACAUAUGCAAGGAAGGAUUCAAUCAUGAAUUACAUUUCCAUUCACACAACAUGCAUGUGCAUUCCAAUGAAGAAAGUUCAUCUGAAAUACCUAAAGAAAACUUAAGGACUACAGAUCUAAGGAAUAAUCAAAAGGCAAUCAAUAUGGAGGAAGACGGAGAGGUUAUAAAUUUGUCUAUAAAUCGAGAAAAAAAAAAGCAACCUCAUAUCAAACUGCCACCCAUGAACUAUUCUUGCAAGGUUUGCCAAUUUAAAUGUACAGAUGCUAAUUAUGCUAACAAUCAUGAGUUAUUCUACACUAAUGAUGGCGAUUUUAAAUGUGAUCUCUGUAGUAGACGAUGUAAGACUAUCUAUCUGCUUGAUCAGCAUAAAAGUUUAACUCACGUUUGUCGUGAUAUCUACAAAGAAUUUACGUGUAACGACUGUGGCGAAGUAUUAACAUCAACUGCUUCACUGAGGUGUCACAAAAAACAUUUUCAUGGCUUACUUUCGCUCGAUAAUGUUAAAAUUUGUAAUAACUGUGGUCAGACAUUUUCUUCGAGCGCUGAAUACAAGAAGCAUCAAUGUAAAUCUACUGUCAGUACAUCUACAGAGAAAUACAUAUACCGUUGCUUUUACUGUGAUUUGAAGUUCAUCUCUCUUGAUAUGAUCCAGACGCACAUUAUUCAUGUUCAUUUUAGUAAAUUAUUAGAUAAACAUGCUGCUUUAAAGUCAGAUCUGUUCAUCAUUAGUGAAGAUAAAACUCAGAACAAGUCUAUUCCGCAGCUGAUUGACCAAGUAAUAGUAUCUAGAAACAAUUUAACUCGAUCUUUUCAACAAUCUGGUAAUGACACAAACAAUACUUCGGCCACGCAGGAAGCACAGGAUAAAGUUGCUGUUGAACCAACUCCGGAUCAACUCAAACCUUUAUUUCUAAUAGACAACGAAACUAAACAGAAGGCUUCAACUUCUGCAAUAACUGCUAGUGGAUCUGAAGCCAAUAUACCUACAAUGAUGGAAAAAGGACAGGAUAAUCAAGCUAAAGAUGACACCUCAGUUUCUACGUCCACUGAAUCUACUAAUAGGCCCAAAAAGAAUCAGUUUUUAUCUGAUACUUUUAAUAUAUCGCUAGAGCAAAUGUUAGAUGGGCAUUCGAUUUUUUCAACUGGAUCUACUAACAAAUCCAAUGUAGCUUUUACGAAUGUUUUUCCUAAACCAGUUAGUGGACCUAUUGCUUCAAAUGCUGUGGCAACCAUACCUAGAAGUGAAGAGAUUCCAUUACAAAAGCGUGUAUCAGUGAAUGAUAGUACUGAUUACAUUUGUCCAUUAUGUCUAUUACAGUAUCCGUCUCUGAUGUAUUUCCAUGCUCAUCUAAGAUAUGCUCACGUAAAUUUAAUCCGAAAUGACUUGAUUUAUCCACAACUAGACCAAUUGACCGAGAAGAUUCCUGCGAUAGAGUGUCUAUUAUGUCCACGUAUCAGCACUGAUGAGAAGAGAUACAAAAGGCAUUUACGACACUCUCAUUCGUUUCACUUGUAUCUUACGAAUUCUAAGGAGACGAGUAAGACUAAUAAUGCCAGUACUUCCUCAACAACAUUGACAAACAGUAAUACCAGGAGCAAAUCGCCCGAAGUCAUUACUGUAGAAGAUGAUGACGAUGACGAUAGCAGCAAAAACUCUUUAACCGAUCGGGCAGCUGCUGAAACAUCCACUGAGGAAACCAAAAAUACUUCUAGCACAGGGAAUGAAAAUUUUGGUAAAUUGAAGGUUAAGUCUUUUGCAAAAAUUAUCGAAAACUUGGCUAUUGAUCGUGCGACGGAACUACUAAAUACACCUAAAUUAAAUAGUACUCGCGACGACGUUCCUACGAAAUAGUCGACUAAUUUGACCUAGAAAGAUAAAGUAGCGACAACGCGCAUUUAUUCCAAAGAACAUGAUCGGGGAUCUUGGUGAUUUUAGUCGAAAUGGAAGCUCUGCGUUCUGCAACGCAAGAAGCUAGAUAAGCUAAGAAGAAAUAGAAAUGGAAAAUGGCUGGAAUUUACAGAUAGAGAAAUAGAUUAAGUUAAAAAUCUACUUCAGAUCAACAAAGAUAACAAAGAUACAUAUUGUAUCAAUAAUCGGAAAAAGCAUUACAUUUAAAUUUACAUUUAAAUUUCGUAAAAGUGGAGCAGGGAUCUUAAUAAUAAAUUGUUACGUAUUUACAAAUAAUAAAUUAUUGAAAAUAUAACAAACGUUCCGUAAAUAGCGAUUUGUUUUGUAAAAUUGAUGAAACUAGUUAAAAAGAAUGAAGAUCGCUGAUCCACUUAUUAUGAUAUUUAAAAAAAAUUUUUUUUCAAUUUUAGUAUUGUACGAUUUCUGUUGCAUAUACGACAUGUAAUACUUUGGUAUGUAAUUAAACUUAUAUAUAAGACAUGUAUUUAUAUUGAUAUAUAUGAUAAGAUCUUUUUUGGAUAAAAUUCUUGUUCGGCUAUAUCUUUAACUUUAAUAGGUAUCUGAUAUAAAUAAAGGAACGAUUGCAUAUGUA